AUAUAAGAACCACUUUUUCAUGAUGAAACUCUAACAAAUUGUAACUUACUGAAACCAAACUCAAAAUAAUUAAUAUAUGACUUAAAACUAUUGCACUGGGUAAAGUUUUCCAGUGACAAACAGAUUCAUUCUCUGUUUUGGUGCCACAAUCUGUUUUAACUUUACAAAUGUAUUUCGGGACAAAGUACUUAUGAACACACAAGGUGAGAAAGGUGUGAAAGCUUAACAGCAGAUUUCCUCUCUUCCUACUGUUAUCUUUUGCAUCAGUUUUUGUUGUGGAACAUUUAUUUGUAGGAUAUUGCACAAUGUCUUGGAAUCCUUAACAGAGCUCAUAGGCAUAUUAUAACGGGAAAUAGUCAUUUAGUCCAACAAAAACAAGAAGAGGAUAACCUGUUUGUGUCCUGUUACCCACAUAAGUUUUAUCUGAUUUUGGAACAGCAAAAUUACACUUGCAUUGCAAGCAGCCAUCAAUGAGUUUCAAAGCCAACUCAGCAAAUCCACCCCUCACCCCGCCUCCCAGCACUCUCUCCUCUCCGCGUCGGCUCAGUCAAGCAUUGCAUUGACUCUUUGCACGUCAACCAAUUUGGGAAACUGCAGGAGAGUGUUACAUUUCGGAAUAUAUUAUGGUUUAGAAUUAUGAGCAAUUGAAAAGAAUGUUUUUUUGUUGUUUUUUUUUUUUGCUUCAUUCCUUCAAUGACAUACAGAUUUCCAGGCCGAUCAGAGUUGAACAUGGGAGAGUAACACUUCUGGAAAAUGACUUAAGAAAGUUUAUCUAUUGCAGAAUCUUUCAAAGUUUUUUUUGCCUAUAUUGUUUUGUCACUCUGACUUGAAAAUACUAUGUUACCUCAGAUGACAUUAGGUAAGUGUGCUAACCUGACGUUAUGUAAGACCGGAGAGACGAAAGGGAAGGUACGUUCAAAUAAAAUAGUUGACAUGAAAGCCAGCGAUGAGUGAGUGAAAGAGAUGGGGUUAAACGCUGGGAGUUUGAAUGCUGGACGAUGGUGGGAGGAAACAGAAAUUAAGUACGGCACAGAGAAACGAGGAGGACUAAACAUAAACAGGGAAACUGGGAAAUCAAACCUAAGCAAGACAGAAACAAACUAAGCACAACAAACAAAUAAUAAACAUGAUAUAACUAAAAUAACCAAGAGUGGACUGAACUAAAGUAAAACAGAAAGAAGGCUAAUCUUGCGAAAUAAGAGGAGAUAAUAAAUGAAUCGAACUACAAGUCCAGAAAAACUCAAAACAACCCAAGAUCCUCACAAAAGGCGUGUCUGACUGACAGUAACAUUGUUCACUGAUGAUAGUAGUUGAAUUUAAUGACACGUUAGGUUUUACAGAGCAUAGUUAGACGUGAUAAAGCCAGUGAUUUACAUCUAUUGGUAAUUUUCCCCAGUGUUUUGCAGUCAUUUGCUGCUUCUAACUGGAUUUCUUCCAAAAUUACCCUUUAGUUUGCUCUAUACAUCCUCACAGCAUGAUGCUGCCACCACUCUGUGUAUCUAUUCUGCAACUUUUGGAGGCAAUUGUUCUACUGGAGCUUAUUUACCAAGGAACUGAGCACAAAUGCAUUACAAAUAUUUGGAAAUUCAUUCAGUAUAAAACAAAUUUCCCUCCCACUUCAUAUUUUAGCGUCUUUCCACAUGUAAAUUGUGCAGCAGUCUCACACAAAAUAACAAAUCCAAUUGAAUAAGUGGAAUGCUGUGGUUUAAACGUGACAAAAUGUGAAAACAUCUGCAAGGCUUUGUGGAUACACAUGUGUGCGCUUGGGUUCUAUGCAACACGCUUAUUGUAUGUGUGCGUCUCUUCAUAAUGAGCCGUGACCAUGGCAACACCAAGCCAUGAGUACCUUUUCAAAAGCCUGGCCUCUCCUUUUCCCUCUUUUAUCUUUCAGCCCAUCCUGCCCAUUUCGCUCCACAUCAGCCAGCUGGGAGAGUGGCGACAAAGCUAAACAGGAAGACUUCAGUUCCAGGACAUUAUCCUUAUAGAUUUUUAGCUGGUGUUAUGGAUUCAUCAUGUUUUAUUUUCCAAAUACUUGAAAAACUUGAGAAUCUGCCACAUUUUUUGAAUUUUUAAUCUCUUGAAGUGCAUCAGAUGAAUCAGAAAAAUGAUGAAGAAAAUGAAAAGACAGUAAAGAACGUAAAGUAAACCCAUAGAGAUGCUGGGCCAGGAUUGUUACAUGGAUUGCUUGGAGGAUUUCUCACAGUGUCCAGCUUGUAACAAAGAAUAUGACGUUGCUUUGAUCUUACCUUGUUCUCAUACGAUCUGUGGUCGCUGUGUGGGAGCUGAAGAGGAAACCGGGUCGCAUCCUUUGUGUCGGUCAGUCUGCUCGGUGCCGUGCCCCUGCUGCAGACAAUCUGUAGAGCUGCCAUGUUGGACCUGGUCAUCUGCCGCCUCCUGUCUCCCUCAGCAUCCCACUCUGAGAUCUGAAUAUGCAAACUGGGAUACAGGCUUCAAAGACGGAUCAGCAAGGUCUCACCACAAACAGGAGGACAGUGAUUGCAAAUCGACACUAAGCAGUAAAAGGUGCUCCAAUGCGCGCAGUUCAUUUGUAUUGCCAGUGGAUGGUGCUGCCGAUCUGCUGGAAGACGAGAUGGAGCGGAGUGUCUAUGGGCUGCGCUUCUCCCUGGACCCUUCAUCUGUCCCACCGCCCCUCCAUCUCUCCAACACCCUCCUCACAGUGACCUACGGUGACAGUGGUCCUUCUGACCCGCAUCCCCCGAUCAGAAAACCUGCGUUGACCCCUGACUCCACGUUGCUUCUUCCUCGUGUGAGCGCUGACGUCAUCAUUGCUCGGGGGCAGUACUACUGGGAGGUGGAUGUCUGUAACAGCUCCGUCUACAGGGUUGGUGUGAUCUCAUCAGAUGGCUGUAGCGGCUGGUGGCUGGAGAGAAAUGUCUCGGCUUUUCAUGCAGUGUACGAUGGAAGCUGCGAGCCUAUCGGCACUGUCCCACCCAGGAUCAAAACCCUCGGGAUAUUCCUCAGUUUUGAAGGCGGGAUCCUGAGUUUCCACAACCCGCUGACCCAGGAGCAUCUUGUCACGCUGCCGACCCGCUUCAGCCCUUCCGGGGUGCUUCCGGCUCUGGGUCUAGGACAGGGCAAGCUGAGGCUACGCUGCGGCCUCCCGACACCUCCUUAUGUGUUUCUGUGUAAGGACUCGACUUUUAGGGAUCCUUGUGGUCCAAAUGGUGUUUGGUGGCACAGAGAGGUUCCAUUCCAGUCCGUGAAAACAAUGAUCCAGAAGUUUGAGAAGCUGGCAUCAUCAGACUAAAAGUUUCUUUAUUUUUGGAUCAUCCUGUGGAGUCUGUUGAGACUAAAAGCUUCUAAAAGCUUCUGUUCACAGGGAACACCCACAGCUUCUCUGGCUGGUUUGAUGUUUAACUGCCAUUUGAAAGGCUAAUUUUCCAUCUUGGCGUGCCAUGGCUACCCUUUUUCAUUCUCUUGAACCCGGACCUGCAAUUGACUCUCUCCCUGGGAUGCAGCCCUUUUUCCCAGCUGAACCACCCCCACUGAUUUGGGUUUGGGCCAGAAAGAAUCCUGGGUUAUAUGAAGUGUAAGGAAAGGGUGGGAUUUUACCAGCAGGACUCCUUGAUUUGUCUCUGUGUGCCGGCUGUUGGACAGUAGGUGUCCCACACUACGGAAACACACGUUGUGUAUAGCGCUGCUUUAAAGGUUUGCCCAGCCACUCGUGCAUUUUGGUGUGUGUUUGCGCAGGAGGAAACAAUGCGUGAGCGGCAGGGGGUGAGGUGACGAGGCGUGAGUACAGUGACACCAGUGGUGUUGACAUGGAGCGGCAAUGACAGGUGGUAACAUACAUUUAUCCCACCGCCUGUCUUCGAGGGGAACAGUAGGGCCGUCCUUUCUGACCUUUUAGAAAACCACAGGACACCCAACGACUUCAAAAGAGCCAAGAGAAAGCCAGAGAACAGAGAGGGAGAAAGAGUAACAGCAUGCAUGUCAGCAGGUGAUGAAUUGAUAUAAAAGAAUAAGCCGAGAGAGGCUUUCCAAAUGGCCUCCAUGCCAAAUAGGUAGAAAAGAUGUAGCAGUAGAAACUGUCCUUCAAGGAUGCAAUGUUUAAAAUGCAGCGAAGCCAAUUGUGACAUGUUUACUUUUUUAAUAACCUCUGAAUGGUUAUGUGUGCUCAUUUUAUCAGUAAGAAGAUUCAACACAAAAGGUCACAGUAUAAAAGCUGUGUAACUGUGUUCAAUUUCUUAGCGUGAUAAGUUUGUAUUAAAAGAUUAGUGGAAACUGAUACUUGAUCUUAUCUGUUGGGGGCCAUAAAACAGUUUUUUUUUUUUCUGUAUUCAGUGGUAAAAGCUUCUGGCUCAAAAAUUGUUAAUGUUUUGGAGUGUGUGUAAUGCAGGACUGUGGUAAAGUGAUGAGAAAAAUGUUGUUAUAGAUGUCGUAAGGAUUUGCAGCUGGAGCUAAACAGAGCAUGUAAAUUAGAUGUUAAAUAAGGAAAAAUUAAAGAAGUAGAGCUGGUCCAGUGUUCCACAACCAGGACGAAAACCACACUGCUCUUGAUACGGGCUGUC